GAAAAUAAAGAUGAUAUCAAGCUCAACAAAAGCGUUUCUUGGGACUCUCAUAAUCCUGUCUAUUAGUGGCCAAAUAGUAAAUGGUAAUGACGACAUAUCAAUCUGCAAGAAAAGCUUAGAGACAUUAAAAGACAACGUGAAAGAAUGGAUGGAAACUUGCGUUGAUAAAAAUGGCAAUGACGAUAACACAACUGCAUGCAAGGAAGUAAAACAAUACAACAAAGAAAUGAUGCAAAUGCAAACAGAAAUGUGUUUUUACAAAGAUGUUUAUCCAAAGCCAUAUUUGAUUAUUAUGAGCUUUGAUAAAAUAUACUCUGUUGAUUCUAUUACUGGAGAUAUUCAUGUCAGCACUAUUAAUGGCUCCAGUAAGAAUAAAUCUGACCAUGCAUCAAGAUAUAAUGACAUAGAAAUUGAUGUAGUUGAGAAUGUGCUUUACUACAUUGAUGACAAAGACAUCAAACGGGGAAAUCUUGACUUGACUAGAAACGAAAUUUUUGCGAAAAAUGUUUUUGCUCAUGACAUUACAGUUGACUGGAUUGGUCGUCGUAUCUUUUACAUUGACUCCACGAACAUUAUCUACCAAAUUUAUUUGAAAAAUAAAACUACAAGUGUUAUGAGGCUUCAACCAGGCUUACAAUUUUCCAGCAUUGCAUUUGACUCAAAACAUGGGUAUCUAUUCUUGGCAGAAAGUACAGAACUUUUCUUAUGGUUAUGGAGCAUGACUGCAAAUAAACAUCAUAUUCUUUCAGUUUCACUUCAGUCAAUAGCACAUGAUCUAACGCUUGACAUGGCUAAAGAGAAGAUUUAUUGGCGAGUUUCAAACGGAAAUAUUUUUUUUUAUGUUUACCACUCCCAAAAUGUAUAUGAUUUUGGAACUUCACGAGGUCCCAUGGCAGUAUUUGGGGAUUUCAUUUAUAUCAUGACUAGUGUUGGAAAAAGUGUCGUUAGUGUCCAUAACACAACAGAUCAACGUACGAGACGUAAAUAUUUUCUUCCUGUAAACAACAGUUAUCUUGAUUUGGCUGUAGCAAUACACAGUAUCACUCCUGACAAAAACGCGACAAGCACUUUUCACUUUCCUUUGUGUGGACCCAACACAUACUAUCGUAAAAUUAAUGGAACAUUGAACUGCACGUGUAUGGAAGGAUACUUUGGAGAAUGUAACUCGUGCCACGCCAAAGAUUGCACUGAGGUACAAAAUAAUGGCAAGAACGAAAGUGGAGUUUAUCAAAUUGAUCCUGAUGGUCAAGGAUCUUUUAAUGUCUACUGUGACAUGACUUCAAAUGGUGGUGGCUGGACUGUAUUUCAAAGACGUCAAGAUGGAAGUGUAAACUUCAAUCGAGGUUGGAAAGACUAUAAACAAGGUUUUGGUAAUCUGAAAGGCGAAUUCUGGCUUGGAUUAGAUAAAAUAUACCGACUAACAUCUGCAAGGAGAAAUAAACUUCGUGUAGACCUGGGAGACGGGUCAGGAAACAAAGCAUAUGCUGAAUAUGAUUAUUUUGCUGUAAAGAAUGAAAAUAAAAAAUAUCAACUAAGUCUUGGUAAAUAUUCUGGAAAUGCUGGAGAUUCAUUAUCUUAUCAUAAAGGCUGGGCGUUUAUGACAAAUGAUUUUGAUUUUGAUAAAUAUGGAAAUAACUGUGCCACUGGCUACAAAGGUGGUUGGUGGUAUAAUAGUUGGUGGUAUUGUUAUGACUCUAACCUGAAUGGACACUACUAUAGUGGCAACCAAUACAGUGAAAAAGGUGUGGUUUGGACACAUUGGAAAGGUUAUAAAUCCUUAAAGUUCACUGAGAUGAAAAUAAAACCAUAAAGAAUUUCCAAAGACUGUGAUGUUAUAAAUUUGACAAUUAUUUCUAAUGAAACUUUCAACAUAUAAUAAAAACAAUUUAGCUUUUAUGUUUUAUAAAAGAACCUUUAUAGUCAUUAUCAUUUAAAAAAGCGUUGAAAAAUUGUUAAAAAUGCUGUGGUGAAAUAAUAUUUUCCCUAGAAAUUAGAGCUGAUUUAGGUAAUUAUAUGAUUAUAAUGCUA